CAGAAAAAUAAGCCCAAGCCCAAUAACAAAUAAGGUGUAGAUUAGGGUUUCAUAUAAAUAUAUAUUUCUAUCUCAUACUUUCCUCCAUAUCUGCUCCCACACUCUCUUCCGGUGACUCCCUCUUUGCGCUCUCCGCCGUCAACUUCUUCAGUCAGUACACUCGCUAGAUUUUCCAUUAAGGGAAUCUAGCCUCCGAUAAAGAUGGCGACCUCCAAGACUGUCAAAGAUGUUUCACCUCAUGAAUUUGUCAAGGCAUACGCCGCUCACCUGAAAAGGUCUGGAAAGAUUGAAUUGCCAGACUACACAGAUCUGGUAAAGACUGCCAAGUUUAAGGAAUUGGCCCCCUAUGACCCAGAUUGGUACUAUAUAAGAGCUGCAUCUGUUGCAAGGAAGAUCUACUUGCGAGGCGGUCUCGGUGUUGGGGCCUUCCGUAGGAUUUACGGUGGAAGUAAGCGGAACGGAAGCCGCCCACCACACUUCUGCAGAAGCAGUGGUGCGGUUCUUAGGCACAUCCUGCAACAAUUGGCUAACAAUAACAUUGUGGAGGUCGACCCCAAAGGAGGGAGAAAAAUUACUUCUCAUGGUCGGCGUGACCUUGAUCAGGUUUCGGGCAGGAUAGUUGUUUGAACCUGCUGGAAUACAAGCAUUUAUGUGGUUUCAUUAGGUUUAUAUAAUAAUAUAAUUUAGCUUUUGAGAGUUGUUACUUUGGGCCAACUUUUUUGAGAUAGAACAUGUCUUUGUUUAUUGGUGAGCAGUUUUGAAAUAUUUUCUAUAUUUUCCCAGACUACUUGUACAAGUAUUAUUUCGUCUUGAUGAUUGCAUUUUGGGUAAAGUUCAAUUGGAGUAAUUCCACUGA